UGUAUAGGAGCGUUUUUACGAGUUCCAAGUCAUGAUAUAAUUAUCUUUAACUAUCAUUUCCAUUACUAAUAUUUAGUAUUUAGCAAGGGCGAACACCACUGCAUUCCGCGUGCGAAAAGGGCCACGUCGACGUGGUUGACUUUUUACUCGGGCACGGUGCAGACAUGCUGGCGAAGGACGAAGAACAGAACAGUCCGCUGCACGUGGCCGUCGAAAACAAACAAACGCUCGUUGUGCAAAUGUUAUUGGAGGCGGGGAAUCCGACGAACUUGGAAAAUAGCAAAGGACUGACUGCGUUGCACAUAGCCAGUAGUCAUGGAUGUCGGGGGAUAGUGGAAAUGCUAUUAUCAGCCGAUUGUGACAUCGACAGACAGAGCAAAAAUGGAAACACGCCUUUGCAUAUGGCAUGUCUGUCCAACAAUGUCGUGAUCGCGGAAAUACUGAUCGCCAAGGGUGCCGAUCUCAAUGCCUUGAACACGAGGUUGCAGUCGCCGAUUCACAUAGCUGCCGAACAGGGAUAUUCGGAAAUCUGUAAACUACUUUUAAGUGCCGGAGCCAACAUCGAACAACGCGAACAGGGAGGCAAAACGCCGUUAUACAUAGCAGCUAGAGGAAGUUUCACUGCUAUCGUGGACAUGAUUAUAAAAACCGCUCGUUUAGAAUACACACCCAAGAAACGAACUAGACCAAAAACUCCUGAAGAACGGAGGAAAUGGAAGUGCAAUCCAGACUUGGACGUUUCGAUAGCGCUGCAAGAGACUGACGAAAAUCUAGAAAUUAUACUACGAAAAUUAUCCCACAAACAGCUGAGUCCUGGUGAAUGGAAAAAGUUGGCUCAUUUAUGGGCUUUCACGGACGAACAAAUCAAAGCGAUCGAACACCAGUAUAUAGGUCCGUCCAGUUACAAACAACACGGUUAUAGAGUGUUGAGAAUUUGGGUUGAUAGUUUGGGCCCCGAUCUUGACCCUAUUGAAGAACUCAUCGAUAGUCUCAAUACGAUCGAAAAGAAUUCACUAGCAGAUGCAAUCUGCAAGAAGUUAAUGCGGCAGAAGGAAAAAAGUGAGAAAAAACCCGACGACAAAACCUGUGUCGUUUCUUGAACACAGUCACGUAUUUUUAUUGUUGUUGAUUCUCAAUUUUUUUUUUUUUUUUUUUUGUUUAUAUUUACCAAAACGACCUUAUGAACAAGAACAGUGUACCCAUCCACAGCUUGUAAAUUGCUCGUCGUUUAUAAUAUUUCGGCUCGGUUAUUAUAUUAUAUUUGUACCUAUAUGUUAUAAUAUUAUUAUAUUG